CCGGCUUUCUACUUCGCCCUAAUAAGUCUUGGACGGAUCAUAGAUCCGCCGGCGCAAUUCCCCAGACAAAUGACAUCAAGCGGAGUCGCAGCAAUUGGUAAUUAUGAUGAACCGAAUUGCAUGUCUUUCGCCUCCCACUGAAUCGCCUCCCGAGGCUGAGUGAUGGAGGAUAGUUUAAUCUACAACUACUAGGAUUUAAAUAUACUCACAGUCCCUCUCACCACACUUCAAUCGUCCUCGCUCGCCCUCCGACUCCUCUCCUGUAUGUUUUUACGACAUUGGCCCGCAUCGCGCCUCUAUCGAUUGCCCUCAUCCAUCGCUCGAACAAGACUUGCCCAAAUGUCGUCGCAGGUCGCGGACGGCGCCUCAAAUGGCAACCACUCCAAUGGCCAAUCUGACGGUGGCUAUACACUAGCCGACAUCCCCAAGUCGAACAAUUUUACCUCUCAUCUUCCUCCCGAUCCUCAGUUUCCUACACCAAUCGACUCCCAUCGAGCGCCUCGCCAGAAACUUGGUCCUCGAAUGGUGCGAGGGGCCCUGUACACGUAUGUCCGGCCUGAGCCCACCGAGGAUCCUGAGCUUUUGGCUGUUAGCAACGCUGCCCUUCGUGACAUUGGGCUUGCAGAGUCGGAGGCUUCAUCGGAAGAAUUAAAACAGGUUGUUUCAGGCAAUAAGUUUUACUGGGAUGAAGAGAAGGGUGGCAUAUACCCCUGGGCCCAAUGCUAUGGUGGCUUCCAAUUUGGCCAAUGGGCCGGGCAAUUGGGUGACGGACGAGCCAUUUCUCUUUUCGAGACCACCAACCCCCAGACCAAAGUGCGUUAUGAGAUACAGUUGAAAGGCGCCGGGAAAACACCAUAUUCUCGAUUCGCCGAUGGCAAAGCUGUGUUGCGCUCCAGUAUCCGCGAAUUCGUCGUGUCGGAAUACUUGAAUGCCAUCGGCAUCCCCACCACCCGUGCCUUAUCCCUGACGCUCUGCCCCAAGUCGCAGGUCGUUCGUGAACGGCUAGAACCAGGUGCCAUUGUAUGUCGCAUUGCCCAAUCCUGGCUCCGGCUAGGGACAUUUGAUUUGAUGAGAUCACGAGGCGAUCGAGAUCUCAUCCGCCAAACAGCCACUUAUGUUGCUGAAGAAGUUUUUGGUGGAUGGGAAACCCUUCCGGCCGCACUACCUGCUGAUACGCCAAACGCCGACCCAGAAAGAGGAGUGUCCAAGGACGAAAUCCAGGGCAAGGAGGGUGCCGAGGAAAACCGAUUCACUAGACUCUACCGUGAGAUUGUUCGCCGGAACGCGAAGGUCGUUGGCAUGUGGCAGGCAUAUGGCUUCAUGAACGGGGUGCUCAACACGGACAACACUUCUAUUUACGGCCUGUCUAUGGACUAUGGCCCGUUUGCAUUCAUGGACAACUUCGAUCCUUCGUACACUCCCAACCACGACGAUUAUAUGCUUCGAUACAGCUACCGUGCUCAACCGAGUAUUAUUUGGUGGAACCUCGUCCGUCUGGGCGAGGCACUCGGUGAACUGAUUGGUGCGGGCGACCGUGUGGAUAACGACGUCUUUGUGGAAAAAGGCGUCGAAGAAGAUUUUGCUCCCGUCUUGAUCAAACGUGCCGAGACGAUUAUUGAUCAGAUCGGUGAAGAAUACAAGGCGGUGUUUCUCAGCGAAUAUCGUCGACUGAUGUCUCUACGUCUGGGACUCAAGACCCAAAAGGACAGUGACUUUGACAAGUUGUUCUCUGAACUUCUCGACACGAUGGAGGCAUUGGAGCUAGACUUCAACCAUUUCUUCCGUCGUCUUUCCACAGUGAAGCUUGACGACGUCAGUACCAAAGAAGGCCGCGAACAGACGGCAGAAUGCUUCUUCCACCGAGAAGGAGUGACGGGUCUCAAUGAAACCAACGAGUCAGGCCGCGAACGAGUCGGCAAGUGGUUGGACUCCUGGCGUGAGCGGAUCGUAGAAGAUUGGGGAUCCGAACCUUCUGCCGAUCAGGAAAGAGAAAAGGCCAUGAAAGCCGUCAACCCGAAUUUUGUUCCGCGAGGAUGGUUACUCGACGACAUUAUCGACCGAGUGCAAAAUAAGAACGACCGCAAGAUACUAGAAGGUGUCAUGGAGAUGUCUCUGAAUCCUUUCAAGGACCAGUGGGAAUGGAACGAGGAGAUUGAAAAGAAAUAUUGCGGCGAUGUGCCGAGAUUCAGGAGGGCCAUCCAAUGCAGUUGCUCUUCGUGAGUGGUGUUGAUAAACGAACGGUAUUGAGUACAGUCUAGUAUUGCUAGAAGUUAACCUACCAUUCAUUAAACUGGCUACUGUAACAAUGCACGUCUGGUCGAGCUCCAGCUCUAUUUCUGAUCUCUUAAAGACGGUGAAAUUCUCAGAUCCAGCUGUGUGAAUCAGACAGG